AUGGCACUCCGCCUAGGCACCCUCCCAUGGAACUCGACCCCAUAUGCACACUGGCUGGCUUCUCACACCCGAGUCAUCUCAGGCGUUGGUCGCGCAACCUCGCCCGUGCCAGCCCCUUCCAGGUGUCAGGCAGAUGCCAAGGCCUGGAGCCGCUCAACCUCCUCACGACGCAAGUCACAGCAAGAACACCUGCCCCAACACCCACCAAUGGUCUCAUUCUGGGGAAACCCCACAGACAAACAGGUAGAGGCUUGUAGCCCCUCAUUUGUCAACCCUGACACCCAGAAGCUGCGGGAGACACUAAUCAGCAGGAGAACAGAGCAGAAGAUGUGGAAGGAGAACGAAAAGGGAGAUGGGUCAGACCACCGCCUGAAUUGUUUGGGGACUGUGAAGUCCCUGGGUGAGAGCACAAAAGGCAAACCAGACCAGCUGGCCAGUCCUGGAAAGCCCCCAGAUACUAAGGAUUUGGGGGACCAUUUACAGCAGAAAUACGAACAGUUCUUCUGGGGUAUCCCCUUUCUACACAGCGAGUCGCUGGAGGCUAAUGCCAGGGAAUCUGGUUCCCAGCAAGAGAUUCGCUCUGUCUCUUUCAAUGGACACUCUUCUGCCUUCCCAUUCCGAUUUCAGGCUACAGUAGGGAUACACAUUUCAACAACCCAACCCCUGCUUCAGCCUAUGGCCCCAUCCCAGCCCUUGCAUCAGACUGCGGCCCCAUCCCAGGUCCUGCCUCAGCCUGCAGCCCCAUCCCAGGUCGUGCCUCAGCCUGUGGCCCCAUCCAAGCCCUUGUAUCAGAUUGCGGUCCCAUCCCAGGUCCUGCCUCAGCCUGCGGCCAGAUCCCAGCACAAUCUGAAAUGUCAUUCUGUGGAGAAGCAGCGAGAAAGUGAGAAGACCUUACCUUCUACGGUUAAAAAAGCUCAAGUCCUCAGCCCAGUGAGUUCCCUCCCAGCCCCCUCACCUACGUAUGAGGAAAUGCAGAAAAACCUGGAGGAGACCCCACCUGGUGAUGGCCAUGCGUCCUCAGAAGCGCGUCUGACCACACAGGCGAGCAGGCCGCCUGCUCAGACCUCCACGUGCGUGUCUGUGGGCAGAAUGUGGCACACCGAGAUGGCCGUGAGGGCCCACAGAGCCAGCCUGAAGAUGAACCCACGUGUAGCCACGACCAGGACUGAGUCAGUUGGGGAGGGUGGAGGCUGGGCCGCAGGAGUCCCCCACUGCAGGAUCACAGUGUUGGAGGGCAGCACUGGGUCCCCUUCUUCAAGUGCUGAUGAGGACGGGGAGUCGGUGGUGGAUGAGGCCUCUGCUUGGAAAGUCACCUUGAAAUCCAGUGUGCUGGCCAACUCCCAAAUUACUAAUCUGGACCUGAGAAGAUCAGGGACUCCAGGGACAAAUACAAUCCCAACACUGCCAAGUGAAAAGGGUGCGAUUCAGGAUCCAGAAGAACCACGGCCUGAUGCACAGCACAGUGACUCUGAGCUCCGCGAGAACGUAGUGACUGGGAAGCAGCCUGCGGACAGCGGCCCUGCUGAGCUUCUUCAGGACUGCGACGCUCCCGCGCUCCCGCAGCACUCCCGGGCGUUUCUUGCCGCAGACGGUUCGGAUUCUCAGAGCUCUCUGUGCAGCUCGCAGAGCACAUCAACUGGGGACACAUCAGCUGCACAUGUGUCAGGUGACAUCAUGUUGAGUAGAUGGGCCUCACAUCAGAGCAGUCAGGGAUUGAAGGGGUCCUGGAAACCGGAGGAGCCAGAUCAGAGCCAGAGCAAGAUGUCUGUCCCUGCUGGUGAGGAAAAGCACUGUACCUGCCCACCUACCUGUGUAGCUGGAGUCCAGCUAAAUACGUUUUCCCAGCUCUUGGAAAAACCUCAGUGCCCCCUGGGAGAGGAGGCAGUAAAGAAGGAGGCGAUUUCCAGCCCAGUGAGUCUGCUCCCUGAGACCUCACCUACGUAUGAGGAAAUUGAGAAGACCCUGGCAGUGACCCCACCCGGUGAUGGCCACGUGUCCUCAGAGGCUCCUCUGACUACACAGCCGAGCAGACCACCUACUCAGACCUCCACGUGCGUGUCUGUGGGCAGAAUGUGGCACAGCGAGAUGGCCGUGAGGGCCCACAAAGCCAGCCUGGAGAUGGGCUCAGGUGCAGCCACGGCCAGGAGUGAGUCAGGUGGGGAGGGUGGAGGCUGGGACGCAGGAGUCCCCCACUGCAGGAUCACAGUGUUGGAUGGCAGCAGUGGGUCCCCUUAUUCAAGUGCUGAUGAGGAUGGGGGGUCAUUGGUGGCUGAGGAGGACUCUGCUUGGAAAGUCACCUUGAAAUCCAGUGUGCCGGCCAACUCCCAAAUUACUAAUGAGGAUUUGAGGAGAUCAGGGAAUCCAGGAACAAAUAAAAUCCCAACACUGCCGAGGCACAGUGACUCUGAGCUCCCGGAGAAGCUAGCGUCUGGGAAGCAGCCUGCAGACAGCGUCCCUGCUGAGCUUCUUCAGGACUGCGACGCUCACGCACUCCUGCAACACUCCCGGGAGUUUCGUGCCGCAGACGGUUCGGAUUCUCAGAGCUCUCUGUGCAGCUCGCAGAGUACAUCAACUGGGGACACAGCAGCUGCGCAUGUGUCAGGUGACAUCAUGCUGAGUAGAUGGGCCUCACGUCAGAGCAGCCAGGGGCUGAAGGGGUCCUGGAGACGGGAGGAGGCAGAUCAGAGCCAGAGCAAGAUGGCUGUCCCUGCUGGUGAGGAAAAGCACUGUAGGAGGUCCGACCAAGGAGAGCAUGAAAAAAGAUCAGCACAACCGAGGGCCUCCCAGGACAAUGAGAUGUUAAAUAAGGAUAAGGAAACAGGAGAAUACUUAAGAAGCAAGUCCUGCCAGCUGGGACAGAAGGAGGAACAGGCUCCUCCAGAAAGCCACCUCACAAAAAAGACACAGCACUUUCCGCGGGGGAUUUUCUCCAGUGAACUUCCCCAGCAAAAAGGCAGGCCUCCUACAGCCACUGCCCAGAGCCAGGGACAAGACAAUAGCAGAUCUGCUCCGGACAGCGGGGCUGCCGAGGCUCAGGGGAUCGUGACAGCCUCGUCCCCUGUGGGACGGAUCCUAGGCGAGAAAAUCAAACUUCAACAUGGACGUCCUCUCUUGGAGUUAAAUUGGCACAAAGGGCAAUUCCAGGCUCCAGCAGGAGAACAUGGUGCCACAGACUUCUGGUACCACAGGCUUCUCUCCUAUGAAGAGCAAGGGAGGGCGACGAGAGACAAAGCCUGCAAUCUCCAGGCCACCCUGAAGGGUUACAGCAGUCCUGGCAAGAGCAGGCUGGCCAGAGACAAGGACGGCAACAAGGCCUUCCCACCCCGUGAGCUGGGGUGCCCAGCGAACCCUGCCAGCACGGGCCAAGGGCGGCAGGUGCCUCAGCCUGCACCCUCCACUGCCCAAGGCAUCCUAUGA